AUUACAAAAUACGGACGGGAUAAUCUCGGAUGGUCACGGUAAUUACUCGGAGGACAAUAAGUGUACGUGGCUCGUGGACACGGGGCGGGAGAACAUCUCUUUGUGGUUUCAGUUCCAUCAGUUCUCCACCGAGUGUGGCUGGGACCACCUCUAUAUCUACGACGGAGACUCUGCAUUCUCUCCACUACUGGCAGCUUUCAGUGGUCUAAUACAUAAGGAUUACACGUCCACCACUGAAUUACAAGAGAUCCGUACCAGCUCAGGCAAGGCUUACCUGUACUUCUACAGCGAUGCGGCGUACAACAUGUCGGGGUUCAAUAUUACCUACAGGACUGGUGGUUGCCCUAAGAACUGCUCCGGGCGGGGGGCCUGCUCAGGGGAUAUUUGUGUUUGUGACGCGGGGUACCAAGGGGAGGAUUGUGGUGACAUCAUCUGUCCCAGUAACUGCUCCCUCAAUGGGGACUGUGUCAACAACCAGUGUCAGUGUCACGCGGGAUUUACAGGAGCUGACUGCAGUUUGACGGCUGAUAAGGCCUCCUGGCAACUGAGGUAUCUGGAGAAUGACCUCCUGGCCCGAGUGUCUUCGGGGGUGGCAGCCAUCGGGGAGGAUAUUUAUCUAGUCGGGGGAUACUUCUUCAACAAAUCUCAAGAAUUCCUUGUUAAGUAUAAAACAUCCUCCAAAGAUUUAGAGGUUGUCAGUCCGGUAUCAUUACUGAGCCCCCCUCCUCGGUAUGGACACUCAGUGGUGGCAUACCAGAACAAGUUGUACGUAUUUGGGGGAGUGGAGGGCAAUGUAACGUCCCGCGAUCUGUGGAUAUUUAACACGACAGCCCUGACCUGGUCCGUACAGCAUUACAACAGUACCGUACCCAUACCAAUGGGGGUGGCAGGCCACACAGCUCACAUUGUCAGGGGGGUUAUGUAUGUCCUCUUUGGUUACAGUCCAAUCUACGGCUACCAAAACAGGAUCCAGGAGUACAACAUAGCCAAUGAGAGCUGGAGCGUUCCCCGGACACGAGGAGCGCUGGUCCAGGGAGGCUACGGUCACUCUAGUGUGUACUACCCCGCCCUGGAUAAGAUCUAUAUCUACGGGGGGUAUCACGCCCGCAGCACCUCAAACUACGACCUCACUGAUCAGCUGUACUCGUUUGAACCCGCUACAAGAACCUGGAUAAAAUUACGUCGUAAUCAGCUUCCCCGAUACCUACACUCGGCGGUUAUUAUUGACGGUAUGAUGAUUGUGUUUGGGGGGAACACCCAUAAUGACACGUCUAUCAGCCUCGGGGCCAAGUGUUACUCACCGGACGUGUUACAGUACGACAUCAAGUGUAACACAUGGUCCCAGCUAAACUCCUCUGUCCUGGCGUCACAAGGGGCUCGUUAUGGUCAUUCAGCGGUCACAGUCCACAGGAAUGGUAGGACAGAGAUGCUGGUACUGGGGGGAUUCAGUGGAAUCAUGGAACCUAAUGCUCUUCUUCUAUCACCAGGGAAUUGCUCCUAUUACACAACAAGAGAGGACUGUUUGGGGUCGGUACAGGGAAGGUCAUGUGUGUGGGCAGGGGGACUGUGUGUCUCCUUGUCUGACCCCAACGCUGGCGGCGCCGAGGAGAAGCAGUGCGAUCCCACGGAGGGUGGUGAUAAGCAAUGUGGUUCCUUCACGACGUGCCCCACCUGUCUGUCCACCGCCUACAACUGUGUGUGGUGUGUUCAUAACUGCACUGCGGCAGACCAGUGUACCAACACCAAUCAGAUGAAACCCGAGUCAGCCAGCGACCUUUCCCAGUGCCCCAUUCAGGGAGAACCACCCUGCGCUGAACAACACAAAUGUCAGGGGUGUAACUCCUUCCCUGACUGCCGGUGGGGGGCUAGUGGAUGUACCAAAAAUGACCAACCCAAAAAUGAGAAAAAUGACACCGAUACAUUCAAUGACUUUGAUAACCCCGAGAAGACACCAUGUCCUACGCCUUGCUACAUGAACACCACAUGUGAGUCGUGUACAUCACAGAAAUGUAUGUGGUGCAGCAAUCAGCAGAAGUGUGUAGAAACCAAUGCCUAUGUGGCCACAUUUAUAUAUGGCCAGUGUAUGGAGUGGACCACAGACAAAUCUAAGUGUCCAGCAACCCGCUGCUCUGAUCUUCACUCUUGUAAAGAUUGUCAGUCUAACCCUCUGUGUGGGUGGUGUAAUGAUCCUAGCAACACAGGGAUUGGUCGAUGUAUGGAGGGCGGAGCCUCCGGGCCUGUCAAUCAAACUAAUUCCCACCUCACUGACCUUAGCAAAUGUCCAGCCAGUCAGUGGUUCUUUAUCAACUGUCCAGAUUGUCAGUGUAAUGGACACAGCACAUGUCUGAAUGUGACAGGAGUGUGUGACAGUUGUCAAAACAUGACGGAAGGCAAGUCCUGUGAGAGAUGUGUUGAUGGUUACUAUGGUGAUGCCAGUAAUGGAGGCAGUUGUUCUGCUUGUCAGUGUAACGGCCAGGCGGACUCGUGUGACAGGAAGUCGGGGGCGUGCUACUGUAGAACCAGGGGAGUGAUCGGGGAUAAAUGUGAAAAGUGUGAUGAACCCCAUAAAUAUUUUGGAAAUCCCAAAACAGGAACCUGUUAUUAUAACUUGGUGACAGACUACCAGUUCACCUUUAACCUUUCUAAAUCGGAGGACAAAUCGUACACCCAGAUCAACUUCAUGAACAUCCCGUCCUCCAGUGAACGUGAUGUGGAUUUUAAAGUAAAUUGCUCUGGUGUAGCCUACUUAAAUAUAACAAUGAAGAAAAAAUCUCAGGGUGACCGGGAGACGAUGAUCGUCAAACAACACUCGUGUAAUUACUUCAGGGCUAAGUUUGAUCACGGGGAAUAUUCCUUUGGUCCCUCAGAAAACACUACAUUCCUUGUCUAUGUCUACGGGUUUAAAACCCCAUUCUGGCUACAGAUCUCUUUCUCACAGUUUCCUAAGAUAGAUUUAGUUCACUUCUUUGUGACAUUUUUUAGUUGUUUCCUAUCGCUGUUAAUUAUAGCAGCAGUUUUAUACAAAAUCAAACAUAAGUAUGACAUCUACCGUCGCAGACAGCGUAUGAUGGUGGAGAUGGAAGAAAUGGCGAGUCGGCCAUUCUCCUCAAUCACUGUGGAGAUCGACAGAAAGUAUGAUCCAGUCGGAGCAGAGAAAAAAGAAACAGAUCUCAGAAAACGGAAAAAGACUAAUACAAAACCCAGUCAGAUUGCAUAUGAGCCAUUAAAUCACCAGAAGGCUGCAGUUAUAUCACUGAUAGUCCAACUACCAACAGGGGAUGAUGAGUGGACCCCUAAUGGGGCCUCAGGGGUAGCCGUAGCUAGUGCUUUGGUCACAGUUGGCCAUCAUCGAAAGCAAAGCUUAGAACACGGAGGAAAAGGGGACAAAAGUAAACAUAAAAAAGUGUUGUUUCCUGGGAACCAGGAUAUGUGUGUCUAGUAUCCGGAACACUCCCAGGGAUCCACCCUUGUGUUCACAGGGAGUGAUUAUUGUGUGUGACUGAAAGGGAGAGGUUAUUAUUCAACCUUCCUUCAUGAAUCUUACAAAAAAAUCAAGGUGCUAAUGUGAAAUUACAACAAAAAAACAUACUUUUUUCAUCACUUUCAACAAUGCAGUUUUACUUACAAAUAAUUACUUACUGAUAGUGUAUAUUGUGUAAUAUAUUUAAAGAUUUUAAAAUUUGUUACAAAGACAUAUUCCAGUGUAGGACAGUCUUUAUUUCCUUUAUUUUUUCUUUAAAUGGAGUCUGACUUGUGUCGGAAACAUUAAGGGCGAGUUUGUUUCUCAAAAACUGG